UCUUUUGCUCCUGGACUUCUUGCAUUCCGCCUGUGACCAUGCUGCGUUCGCAGCUGCACUUCGUUUUGGUGGCCCUGUUUGCAUCCGUCCUGCUUGUCAGGGCCAGCAGCAUUCCACCGAGGGAGCGGCUCGCUGAGCUGUUGAGCUCAGAGCUUCCACAGGGGAAAGAGGACUUCUCUAGGAUGCUACUAAUAAAGCUCUUAUCCAGCCUGAUGAAAUCAGAGAAUGCAGUCGUGGAUGAUUCUGAAGAAGAUCCUAUAGUCCGGGAGGAAUCGACUCGCCAGCUGCCAUCAUCGCAGCGAGAACGCAAAGCCGGCUGCAAGAACUUCUUCUGGAAGACAUUCACAUCGUGUUAAUUAAUGUCCGUUUCCUGUUAUAACAUCACCCCGUCACAGGAGAGCUGUAUAAACUUACCAUACACAUGGUCAAUGUCUA